AUGCUUUCAGAAUGCAGCUCGUUUUUGAAGGGUGUGAUGCUAGGAAGUACCGUGUUUGCCUUGAUCACAAUGCUUGGACACAUUAGGCUAGGUCGCAGAAACGGAAUGCACCACCAUGAGCAUCAUCACCUGCAAGCUCCUAACAAAGAAGAAAUCUUGAAAAUGUCAGAAGCUGAACGCGUGGAACUCAGUAACAGCUUCCGGGUAUACUGUCUCGUUCCUGUCACCCCUAAAGAUGUGAGUCUGUGGGCCGCAGUGAAGGAGACUUGGAUCAAACACUGUGAUGCAGCAGAGUUCUUCACUUCUGAACCUGUUAAAGUGUUUGAGUCUGUUGCUGUGAAUGAGAGCGACACCUGGUUGAUGAUGAGAACAGCUUACAUAUAUGCCUUUAAUAAAUACAAGGACCAAUAUAAUUGGUUCUUUCUCGCAUAUCCCACUACAUUUGCUGUAAUCGAAAACUUAAAGUAUUUUUUGUUAGGAAAAUAUCCAUCACAACCUUUCUAUCUAGGUCAAACUGAAGUUCAAGGAGGCCUUGAAUAUGUGCGUCUUGAGGGAGGAGUAGUCUUAAGUAUAGAGUCGAUAAAAAGACUCAACCACCUUCUCACUGUCACUCAAAUGUGUCCGGAAGAGGAAAGACAGAUUUGGAAAAUGACUGAAGAAGUGCUGCUAGCUCUCUGUCUCAGAAAUGCAGGAGUGUUUGCAGAAAAUGCUGAAGAUGAUGAAGGAAAAAAUGUAUUUAAUACCAAAACUAUUGGGAUGUUUAUUAAAGAAGCAAUUACUGAUUACCCGAAUGAUAUAGUAGGUGGAUGCUGUUCUGACAUGGCCGUUACUUUCAGUAGACUGACUCCUGAUCAGAUGCAUGUGAUGAUGUAUGGGGUGUACCGUCUUAGGGCAUUUGGACAUAUUUUCAGUGAUGCUUUGGUUUUUUUACCCCCAAAUGGUUCUGACAAUGACUGA